AUGAUCGUUGAGGCCGCUGACGAGAAAGAGAUCGUUGACGUCGAUGAGGUCUUCGAGAGAUAUCCUGUCAAACUGGAGGGGGCCCUUCACGCCUUUCGCGGCCUUCGCGCCCUUCGGACCCAGAACGCCAACCGCCCUGAGGCCCAGUGGCCGAUUGCCAUUGAGAAGCAGAAGGCCACGUUGGCUUCCGCCAUGACCAACAAGGAUUUGCAUCGUCCCUUGGCCGUUGCGCGCAUGGAGGCCAGAUUAGCUUCCGCCAUGACCAACAAGGACUUGCAUCAUCCUUUGGCCGUUGCGCGCAGUUUCGCACACUCUUGCAGCGUCGAAAUUUUCCGUCGUGGGACGACGAAGAAUUGCCCGGAGGGCUGA